CUCGUGUAGACUAUCAACCUGCACUCGACAUAUGUGCACAAGAGUGAAGACUGCACUCCCAAGCACAUGUACCGCUCAGAGUCACAGUUGCAGGCGACAAGCACGACGGACUUCACCAGCUGAGGUAGGAGAUCACGAGGUCAUUGUCACCCUCUGCCCCAUUCAUCACCGUCUCGUGAACGACCAUCCACCUUGCCGAGUCGUGACCGGAGGCGAGCCUCACAUAGGCAGCAAAUCCAAGCAUAGCAAAUAUGAGCGAAGCAGAACUCUUCACCCAGGCCUAUGCUCAAACACAAGAUGAACGAGAUCCUUUGCGCGCGUUUCGUGAGCAAUUCAUUAUCCCGACCCGACAGGAUCUCCGACGAAAGACCAUUACCUCGCAACCCGAUGAAAUGGAAGACGAGCUUUCAACCUAUCUCUGCGGCAAUUCUCUGGGACUUCAGCCAACAUUGACGCGAGACUACUUCGAGGAGUACCUGACGACGUGGGCACAAAAGGGAGUAUACGGCCACUUCAAGGAAGUCUCGGACACCCGGCUUCCGCCAUGGCUUCAUGUGGACGAUGAUGUGCGAGGAGACAUGGCGACCAUAGUCGGAGCCAAGACAGAAGAGGUGGCAGUCAUGCAAACACUGACUGCGAACCUCCACUUCCUGAUGUGCAGCUUCUACCGGCCGACUCAGCAAAAGAACAAGAUUCUAAUCGAAGGAAAAGCAUUUCCCAGUGAUCAUUUCGCAGUCGAAAGUCAGAUACGCCACCACGGGUUUCAGCCCGAACAGUCUAUGAUCCUGCUCGAACCACCCGACAGAGGCGCUGGCAAGGACACGCUCCUCUUUACCACUGAGGAUAUACUGUCUACGAUCAGAAAACACGCCGAAGAGCUGGCAUUGAUCCUUCUUCCGGGCAUUCAGUUCUACACUGGUCAGUUUUUCGAUAUCAAGACCAUCACCGAGUACGCGCAUAGCCUAGGGAUCACGAUCGGUUGGGAUCUUGCACAUGCCGCCGGCAAUGUCCCUCUCCAACUCCAUGACUGGAACGUCGACUUCGCAGCCUGGUGUACCUACAAAUAUCUCAACUCUGGCCCAGGAAGCAUUGGAGGUGCUUUUGUGCACGAAAAGCACGGUGCCGUCAAGUCUGAAGGUGACAAAUUUCAAUACCAACCACGACUUGCCGGGUGGUGGGGCUCCUCAAAAUCGAGCCGGUUCGUAAUGGCGAACAACUUUGAACCAAUUCCCGGUGCUGCUGGCUUUCAGGUGUCCAAUACAUCUGUAGCAGACACGACUGCCCUUCGAGCGAGCCUGGACGUCUUCAAGCAAACUUCUAUGCAAGAUCUGAGGGAGAAGAGCGUGAAACUCACGGCCUAUCUAGAGCAAAUGCUCGACGUUAUGGCACAAGAGCAGUACGAGAGAUUCGGCUUUCCUCUCUACUACAUCGUAACGCCGCGCAAACCUGAAGAGCGUGGUGCGCAAAUUUCCGUCAAGCUCAGACGAGGUCUGUUGGAGGAGGUGAUGGAAUAUCUCGAGGCAGAUGGUGUCGUUCUCGAUGAGCGGAAGCCGGAUGUCAUACGGAUCGCUCCCGCGCCAUUGUACAAUUCGUUCGAGGAUGUAUGGAGAUUUGCAACACUGUUCAGAAAAGCAGUUAUGGAGGCAUAUAAUGGCCUGUGAGAGCGGAUGAGAGCGCACGAUCAUCCGAACUCAUGCCGACAAAAGGUAUAAUGAGACUUUCAGAGAUAUACAGGUCGUAGAACACGAUUCAUCGAACAAUGACAAUAGUGAAGGCAUUGAUGUUGCCGUAGUCUAGCAAUUUACGCACCAAUCUGC